AUGCAAGCUCUAAAUAAGAACACAACAAACUUUUCAAACUAUUCUAAGAUAUCUGAGUCAUUGAAAGAAGGAAACUUAAAACUGACAUUAAACCCAAUGACAGAUGAGUUUCUGUUUCAAGACAAGAAGAACAAUACUGUCUGUAUAAAUCCAACAAAAGGAACUUUAAACGAGAAACCUAUAAAUGAACUUCUUUUGAAAGCAGAUGUUGACAACAAAGCUGACAAAGAAUAUGUAGACGAUGCAAUAGCAAAAGAAGAAGAAAGAGCUAACAAUGCUUAUGCAACAAAAGAACAUUCUCAUCCUGAACUAGCAGACAAAACAUAUGUUGACAAUAAAAUGUCAAGUGAAGUGACAAGAGCUGAAAACGAAUAUUCUAAAAAGACUCAUAUACAUUCUAUAUCUGAUAUUACAAACUUACAAGAAACCUUAAACAGUAAAAGUGCCGUUGGACAUACACAUACAUCUUCUGAAAUAACAGACUUAAACGUUAGCCUUGAAAAGAAAGCAGACAAGAACCAUACACAUGAUUUCUUCACAACUGUUGGUAUAGAAAGUAUUGAAGGAACGGUUGAAGAAACUGGUGGGGAUGCAUUAUAUUGUAAACCUCCUAACUUUCCACAAGGUUUAACAUCGGAUGACGACAUAACGACGAUGAGAAACAUUAGAUGUAAAGAUGUUUAUGUCAUGAAGGAUGAACAUAAUAUUAAAUUCACUGCUCAAGAUUUAUAUGACAAGAAAGCAGACAAAACAGAGCUUCAAACAUUAAAGACAGAAAUACUUCAAACAUUAUAUCCUAUAGGCUCUAUUUAUACGUCAAUGAACUCUACCAGACCAGAAGUAGUACUUGGUUUUGGAACUUGGACUCAAAUAGUCGACAGGUUUUUGUAUUGUGCAAACUCUUCAAAGGAAACAGGUGGAAGUAAAACGAUUUCGGGUGAAAAUUUACCUGCGCACAGUCACUACAUAGAUUUAAGUACAUCUCAAGCAGGUUGGCAUAAGCAUAGAUAUUGGGAUUGGUCAUCAAUGACAAAAGGUAAAGGAUAUGAUGUUAAAGACAACGUUAAGUUUGCUAUAAAUUGUUACUGGAGUAACACUGAGGGAGGAGGAAACCAUACACAUCGCGUUACAGGAUAUACGCAAACACGGGACAAAGUAGAAGAAUACAUGCCACCUUACAUGACAGUUUACGCAUGUAUAGAAAUGCUUAG